GUGGAGUCCAGAGAUCAGAAAGGGCCACCCGCUGGCUGGGUCAGAGCUUCCACGAUGAGCCCAAAUCUCAAUUGUCUUCUCUCGUCUCUGCAGAGAGGUGGAGCGUGCACCAAUACUUUGAUUGCGAUUUUGACUAUUUGCGGGCAGCAACUCUUCUCCUCUUACACAUUCAGUUGCCCGUGUCAAGUCGGGAAAAACUUCUAUUACGGUUCAGCUUUUCUCUUGGUUCCUGCCGUGAUCCUCCUGAUCGCUGGCUAUGCUCUAAGAGGCCAGAUGUGGACAGUUGCCAGCGAAUACUGCUGCUGCAGUUGUACCCCUCCGUACCGGAGAAGCAGCCCUCUGGAGAGGAGGCUGGCCUGCCUCAUGUUCUUCAACAUCACCGGGAGGGCGCUGGUGGCUCCGCUGACGUGGCUGACGGUGACCCUGCUGACAGGCACCUACUACGAAUGUGCGGCGAGUGAGUUUGCCUCCGUGGACCAGUACCCGAUGUUUGCUAAUGUCACUGCCAGCAAACGGGAAGAGAUCCUAGCUGGAUUUCCAUGCUACACGUCAGCUCCUUCUGAUGUCAUUCCAAUAAGGGAUGAGGUGGCCCUUCUGCACAGGUACCAGUCACAAAUGCUGGGCUGGAUUUUGCUCAUUGUGGCAACCAUUGCUCUUCUGACCUCCACCUGUCUGGCAAGAUGUUGCUCUCCCCUCACCUCUAUGCAGCAUCACUAUUGGACCAACCACCUUCAGAAUGAGAGAGCGCUCUUUGAACAAGCUGCAGAGGAGCACUCGCGGCUUCUCAUCAGACAGCGCAUCAAGAAAGUGUUUGGGUUCAUUCCUGGGAGUGAAGACAUCAAACAUAUUCGUAUUCCUUCAUGCCAGGACUGGAGAGAGAUUUCCGUACCCAAUAUUCUGUGUGUGGGUGACACCUCCCAGGGCCCCUAUAGCUUCCUCGGAGACAGGGUGGUUGAGGAACAUGAGGAAGACAGACAAGAAGGUAUUGAAAUGAAGCCUUGAUAGCUGUACCUUUCAAAGUUGAGGGUGCUUGAUUUCCUGAAGCUAGAGUUUCAGGGCAGCCUCUUCCUUUGCUAUCUCUCUGACACUUACUUACAGAAGUCCAUCCAAAAUCUUAUUUCCAAAAUCCAUUUAUAGAGAGACAACCUCCCCAUACUUAUGAGGUGUUCGUAACGACUAACGUGUCAUGUUGGUCCAUUUUAAACGGGUAUGAAAUUUUAAGUCAUGUCAACUUGGAAUUCAGUUAUGUUACUGGGUAUCUGUGUGAAGAUCAAUAUUUCUGAGCAUUAUUUUGUCAUAUGUCCAUAUUAGCUACCUCAGAGAGCUGUUGAGAUGGUCAGGAAACACUUAAACUAUGCUUUUCAGACGAUGAACGCAAGCCAAAGUCACUUCCAUCCUUCCUCUCUGAAUUAUGUCUUCUCUCGCUGUCUUCCCUCACGCUAAUUUUUGCUUUACUCCUCGUCUUCAUUUAGAUGAUACUUUUCAUUACCUUCUCCUCUUUCCUCACAUCUGAAUAUGUAGCCGUCCAGAGGAGAAGGUAGAAUAAGAUGGCAUUUCUGAAGUGGUAACGGUGAGGAAGGUUUUGAGCGUCGUCCUGCGCUCAGGGAAGAGGACACACCAUCACGUUAUCAUUAGAUGCAGCAUCACAGCAGAGGUGUCUGUAAGACAACUUCUUACAAAGUUUACCCUAAAAGCGUUCCCUCUCUGUUCCACACCACGGGUCCCAGCUUGUCCUUUCCUUGCCAAACUUUUCCUUUAUGCUCAAAAUCUAUUUGAGGAACUAAAGCAUGAAGUACAACUUCUAGUUGUUUCUAGAACUCAGAGCUGCGGGGAUGGUGGUGGUGCUGGAAAUAUCACUCACUGGGUAAGAGCACAUACUGCUCCUUCAGAGGACCUGAGUUUGGUUCUCAGUAUCCAUGUCAGGUGGCCUAAACUGUCUGAAAUUCCAGAUCCAGGGAUCUAAUGCCCCUGCCCUCCAUAGGUACCUGCCUCACGGGACCAUAACCCCACAGAGACACCCACAUGAGCACAAUUUUAAAAAUAAGUAAAUAGAACCUGGGGGAGGGGCCAGCUUUUCUCUGUCAGGCUUUGCUAAAUGCAACCUCUAACAUCUGACAUCUUCUAGCGUGUCUUGAUCAUGGUUGCUUCAAACCCGAUUUCUGUGGUGUUUGCUUAAUCACCUGACUCAUUGAACCACAGAGAGAUCUGAAAGCUUUUGUUCAUUCACUUCUUUAGCCAAAAUGAUUUUUGAUUGCCAGUGAACCAACAGACAAUGGCCAGUAUGGCCUUCAAGGAGAUCAGAAUAACUGGAUUGUUUGAAAUGCCACCAAUUUCUUAGUAAUAAGUCUGUAUACAAUUAUGGAGGGUUAUAUUUUAUGUCAAAUUCUGGGUACUUUGGCUUGAUAGAAACAAGAGAGGGUUUUUGAGAAAACAAAACCUUUGCAGGCAUUUCCCCAAUAGAAGAUUGCUGAGUAUAACCCUGUGCUAGGUCAGGAGACUGCCCUGUCCUCACCAGCAACACCAUCAACCUUACCAAAGUUGGACCAUCUCCCUGGGGGCCUAACUCUGGUUUUAAAGAAAAGUUAAUGAUACCCUACCUUCUGGAAAGCAAGGAACUGAACCAAAUGAACUAUUGAAGUCCCUUCCUAGUCUGAUAGAAUGUUUAUGUUUAUUGUUAUACAGGGGAAUUAAUGUGUAUAGACUUUUCUGGAAUGAUAGUAGACUCAUGUUGCUUAUUCACCGAGUUGAAUCUUUAGCGUUCUCUAAAAACAUCUACUGGCAUUCUACUUUUGAAAGAGCUUUUCAGGGGGUCUGGGAAAGCUGACUCUACCUUGUCAACUAAUUGUGGGCUCAGUGAUGAUAUAAUGUUACAAAAGCAAUUUUGAAAACAAAGAUGAUAUAUGUUGUGAAAGGCUACGCUGGUUCUAGUUCCCUCUAAUGCCAAAGUUAGUAAAUAUGGAAGGCAUUAUCUAUUUUAUUCUCACAAUUCUCUCAAAGCUCUAGAAUUCCCAGUCUCCACGGAUACAAGAGCUUCUCAACUUCCUCUGUUCUGGGGCUUCCUAGAAAAUUAAUCAAUCAUUUUCACCAUAUUCAGAAUUAGUCUAUUAGUUUUCAGGACCUUUACCUUGAAAAGAGACUCUUCAGUAAGGUUUUCCAUUAGCCGCACAACCAAGGAAUGUGUGAAGUUAGAGUGCUACCUCACCAGGAAGAUUACAGUUGCCUAUGACAGCCCCAGGAAACAGCCUGGACUGCCUUCUGAAGUCCUUUGUACAUCAAACUCAGAGCAUGACAUAGAAAGUCUUCCUUCUGAGCCAGUUAAGCAUGAUCAUGGCUUUGGGUAAAAGGAGAUGGAGAAAUCCUCAUCUACACAGCUUCAAAGAAUUCCUAGCACCUAUAUGAACAUUUGAAGUAUAUAUUCUUAGGAUUUCAUUGUACUGUGUAUCAUCCACUUCAAGUAAAAUAAAUUGACCCCACACACACACACACACCACACACUUUUGGUGUAUUCUUUUGUUCUAUAGUUAGUUAGGUAAAACUUUUUUUUCAUUAAGAACAUGGCACUUCCUUCCCUUUAUGCUUAAUGGAUUUAUGUAAUUAUAAAACAUGUAAUUAAAAUCAAUUA